CGUUUAAGAGCAGUGAGGCAGUUAUCAGAUAUUUAUCUCAGAUAUCUCAGCCGGCGUGGAACAUAAUGUCGUCAAUGAAAAACAUUUUGUAACAAAUUAGGAAUUUGAAAUUAUAUUAGAUGAAUUAUGAAUUCAAGUUAAACAGUUACAGGAGGAUUUUGCUACUGAGAGAUGAUUGAAUAAUGAAGACAUUUAUUAAUUUAAAGUUAUAUUCCAUUAUUUGAGUUGAUGCUUAAAUUCAAUGUGAACAGUACCUGACCAUUUGGCGUAGACUUGCAAACGAACGUUUUAGCUUUUACUGACGCAAUAAAUUUCGACAAAUAUAACUAAAGCCAUAAAUGUACCAUACUCGUUUACAGGAGUAAAUAGCAAACCGUGUAGAUAAUACUUGCGUUAUUAUUUUCAUAUGUCUUAGAAAACAUUCGCUUAAAACUGUGAUGAUUCUUGGAAAAACUUUACUCGCAAUAAAGGGGCUACAGAAGUGGUGAUACAUACUAUUUGCAGUACACACAAGCGAUACAUGGACCACGAAUAGCCAACACUAUGUGCAGUACACAAUAUGAUGUGGCGAGAUAAUGUGAGAAUCGCUUAGUGACUAUUGAUAAACGGACAUGAGUAACCUUACGUCGGUCUAUAUAGGGAUUUGUAUCAUAUUAACCGCUGUCAUUCUGGUUUGUGCCACUGACUACAUGCCGGUGAUCGCCCCACCAUACGAGUUCCUAAGACCCAAACAACCAGAAUGCGUGUCCUCCUGUCGGGGUUUACCAGACGGUGACUACCCGUCCUGUGAGGGAUGUCUCUUCUUCACCACGUGCUCCAACGGCCGCACGUAUCCGGCGCGCGUCUGCUCAUGGUUUGGCGGGCUGUACUGGAACAACAAGUAUAAACUCUGUGACUGGCAUCCGUCCACCUGUUUCAAGAAAAAGUCAGAAAACAGUCCAAACUGUAUCCAUAGCGACGAAUGUCGGGAGAUGCCGGAUGGAGACUACCAGUCGUGUACCGGAUGUAUGGUAUACAUCACGUGCUCGGGAGGCCGCGCCUACGACGGGAGGCCGUGUCCGUGGCUGCUCGUGUGGAAUGAGCACCGGAAGCGCUGUGAGUGGAACUCGCCGACUUGUAAGCCCAGUGAAGAAGAGUUGGAACAGAGACAAGAACUUUUACGAAAGAUGUAUGGUUUAUGAUUAAAUGUGUCUUGUUCUGUAAAAAUUGGGCAAAAUGCAUUUGCGUAAAGUGUCAUCCCAGAUUAGCCUGUGCAGUCCGCACAGGCUAAUCAGGACGACACUUUCCGCCUAAACUUAAUUUUCGGUAAGGAGGGACUUCCUUGAAACUAUAAAUACCAUUUAAGCGGACUGCACAGGCUAAUCUGGGAAGACACUAUACGCACAUGCAUUAUGCCCAGUUUUGUCAAAACGCGACUCAUAUGCAAUACAUGGGUGCACGAAUAUGAUUGUUGUUUGGUUUCAUAUGAUAUGUAUUGACUGAUGACUUGUGUAAAUAUGUGUAAUUAAUGGUUGACACGUUGUGUGGUUUGUUAUCAAAAGGUUUUGACUCAUUUUGUGUGUAGCAUAUUUAAAUAAAAGAAUGUAAGCAUAUUUUUCAACAAAUUUUGCAUUGACGUUCAGACCAGGCGCUGUGUGGAUACAGGAUACAAAACAUGGGAUUUACUUAUGGUCGUAUACGCCUUGCGUGUUUAUGUUUCUCAUAACCUUAUUUUGUCUUGGAUAUUUUCAUUAUUUUAUUUUGGACUGAUUAACGUUGUACGUAAUUAAGCAAACCAGUUUAAAUGCGUCUAGUGCCGCUACUGUGCAUAAUGAUCAUUACAGCUUAUGGUAAUCAUAACGGUUCCUUUGCGAUAUUGCAAUAGUUUAUUAUAAAACCAUUGCUGAAAAAUAUGUGUAAUUAUUAUUGUUAAAUGUCGAACAAAUAAACAGUUACAUUUUGUA